AUAAUUGGGGAUUUGAGUUCAACUUUUAAUUUGUUCAGAAAUAUCAGGAAAAAAAAAAAGAAGUUAAAACUAUGGCUUCAAGUGGAGCUAAGGAAGAUCCAUAUCGUUGGCUGCUCAAUGGGGACGUAGAGAAGAACACCACUUGGAAAUUUGGAGCUCCUCCCAACUAUGAAGCUGUCAACAACCUCUUUGAACAAGGAAGAACUAAGAUUUGGCCUCCUGGAUCUCUGGAGGAAGAGGUGCAAAACUUGGUCAAGAAUUGGGAAGUGGAGAAUAUCAACAAAGUGGUACCUGAGGACUUCAAAAUAAUGGAUCCCAAGAAAGUAACUUUCAGUCUCAAUGGAAGGAAGCCCAUAACCUUGGAGGAGAAGCGGAAGUUAGGCGGUGGGUACAACGCUUCGCUUCAAACCUCUCUUCCCGCAAAGUACAGACUGUACAACCUCGAAGAGGAAACCGCAGAGACAUCUAAUAAGCUUUUCACGACAACUUUCCCCCGUGGGUUCGCCCUCGAGGUCGUUAGGGUCUACGCGGGGCCACCAGUGAUCGUGUACAAGUUCAGGCAUUGGGCGUUCAUGGAAGGCCCUUACAAAGGGCAUGCUCCCACAGGUGAAAUGGUUGAACUCUAUGGCAUUGGAAUCUUUGAGUUGGAUGAGAAUAAGAAGAUAGUGAAGGUGGAGAUGUUUUAUGAUCCAGCAGAGUUGCUUGGGCCUCUUGUGAAGGGUCCUAUCUUGGAUGAUUCUGUUGAGAAGGGGAAGGAAAUUUCAGGCUGCCCAAUCCUCAAGAAUUUGGGAUAGUGGACAAAACCUUUGAAUUAUUAUAAUAUGUUGUUAAGAUAUUAAAUGAUUAAAUUUAUCUUAAUUUAUAUAUCAACAUAAAUUUUUAGAUUUAUUGGUGAUUUAAUAUCAUUAUGGUGUGAUAGACUCUUGUUUGUCCUUUGUGAUUUUUUGAUUCUAUUCUCUCUAUUCUCUUUUGUCUA